AUGGAACUGUCAAGGCAGGAGUACCCUGCAUUGUUGACCUCGUUGCAGCCGAAUCAGGCCGCCGCCGUUCUCAAUGAUCGCAUUCGUCUCAUCAAUAAAGUCAAUACCGACAUUGCCGACUGGCUACAGGAACGGAGGCGCGUCGAAGAACUAUACGUUCAAGGUCUGCGCAAACUCGCCAGAAGACCACAGCUAGAUGGAGGUGCCGCGCUGGGCAUUUUUCAACUACCAUGGAACCGUAUAACUUCCGCCACCGAAGCGCUCGCAGCCUCUCAUGAAGUGCUCGCCUCGAAGAUCGAAGAAGAUGUCGAACGGCCGUUGAGGGAUUACGGGUCGAGGAACCGGGAUUUAAGCUCAAUGCCUUCCAUCCACUCUGAUCUGGUAAAUCUGGCAAAGGGGCUAGACGCUGCACAAAAGAAAUUGGAGAAAGCAAAAGAAAAAGGCGCCAAAGGAGUAGACAAGGUUGCAGCCGCCGUUACCUCUGUGACGGAAGCCACUCAGCAAUGGGAGUCGCGGGCCCCAUUUGUAUUCGAACAGCUUCAAGCCGUCGACGAAAGUAGACUCAACCACCUACGAGAUGUUCUCACUCAGUUGCAAACCCAUGAGGUGGAUCAAAUCGAACGCAGUCGCCAGACAGCAGAGAGCUGUUUGAACGCGCUGCUUAAUGUACAGACAGAGGAUGAGAUCAAGACAUUCGCCGCAAAAUUGAAUGGAGGAAGAGAUCCAGUUCCGAUACGGAACAGCUCGGUAGCUGCUGCUUCUGUGACACCGGCUCCAGCUCGUGCACCAAGCAGCGAGGCCGACCUUCCACCACCUCCUAGGAUUCAAGAUGAUGCUGCGAGUCAGCAUUCGAACCGAUCAGGUCGUGUUGCUCGCGUGCCGCCGCCAGUUCCCGAACCCCGACACAUGCCAAGGAUGGGAGGUCUGCGUAGAUUAGGAACCGUCAUGAACCGACGGAAGAGCGUCGUUAUAGGUUCUGGCACCUCCCUUCCAUCUGAGAAGAAGAGUCGACCGGCUUUUGGAUUUCGACGAGGAGAUUCGUCCUCGAACGUGCACACCCAACUCCCUUCUACUCCGCCAGGCCGAGAUACUCCCAGCAUUGCUAGCGAGUCCAUAGGCAGCCCGCCUCCUACCGGAUCCACUGUUAAUGACUAUGUCCCAUCUGACGAUGCUAUUACUCCAAUUGCGGAAACAACAGAAAUCACCGCAACUACGAAUGGGUUGGCGUCCAAUCACAUGGACGCUGUAGCCCCUCCGGUAGUAGCGAACGAGAUCCAGGUGGAUUCCGAAGGGUAUUCCGAGAGACCACAACUGGUUGAUGAGAUCACUCAGGCUCAGAGAGAGGCAUCAGGAAUCGAGGAUACUGGUCUUAACUUGACCAUUCGGGAUCAACCCAUCCAUGAAGAUGAAACACAAGCCAAGCAAGCCAUGGACGAAAUGGCAAAUACGCUACGUAUGCAAGGUCUGCAAGUUGGGCUCAGAAGGAAUGCGGGCACUAUUCGUGGCCGUCGCGAUGUUCGAAACACGGCAUUUAUAUCACCAUCAACAGCUGCAGAAAUAAUACCUGCAGCUUUGUUAGGCACACCGACGGCAACCUCAUCUAGCGGACAACCUGAGUCGCCUGCUCCAGUAUCAGCAACCCUUUCUCAUGAAGAUCGAGCAAUGUCAGAUACUACAUCGAUUCAUUCUUCACACACUUUGCAAAAUAUCUCAGGACCAGUUUCUCAUCCAGAACUUCACGAACCUGGCUUGAAUGCCUCUAUUAUCGAAACCGUCAGCAGUUGGUUCGAAAAUGGUGCUGUAACGAAAUCAUUUGUUGUUGGUGAGCUAGCGUUGGCGUACAAUGUUACCCCGGGCUCAACGACACCUGAGAAUGUUGUCCGCUUGGAUAACUUUUCAUUACUUGAAAAGGUUGCAGCCAACCCACACUUUGUGACGGAGGUUUCCAAAACAGAUGAUGAGAAACGAGGAGAAUACAGUGUUGCCGUGGGAAAAAUUGCUCGUGCUAUUCCGACAGUCGCAUUCAAAUACCAACUUCAUCUUUCUCCCUCGGAUCUGUCCUCAUAUUCGCCAAUAUUAUUCAGACCGGUGUGGAACCUUGAGGAAUUCCAGGCGAGCGUCAUUGUGUUCUAUUCCGUCAACCCAGAAUUUGUGGACAAACUCGCAUCGGGUUCCCUUCUUCUGAAGAAUGUCGUGAUCACGGUCAACUUGGACCUCAGCCCCGAGGAUGAGGCAACCAAGCAACCUCGCGAAGUGGUACGUGCAACAGGAGCCGUCAUGUUUCCAAACACGGGUGCGCUGUUUCGUCGCAAACACUCUGCGGUUGUAUGGAAGAUACCCGAACUAGAGGUCCGAGUUGGAUCGGAAGAGAAACUCCUAGCCCGAUUCACGACAUCAGCUAGCUGGCCACGCAAAGGUCGAGUUGAAGCCAAGUUCGAGCACCAUACGACACACUCAACUUCACGUUUGGGCGUGAGUCUCGCCGAGACUGCAGUCUCGGGAACAGAGCACGACCCAUUCGCCGACGAUGGUUCUACGACACCUCAAUCAGCGUCUAUCAGCACCGCAUGGAAGCCAGUUCAAACCGUGCGCAAGUUAGCCACUGGAAAAUACGUUGCAUCUUGA